AUGGCAGCUUUCCCUGCAGUGGACCAUGCCGAGCAAAGUCCACCGCCAGAUUUAGCAGCUGUCAAACGACCUUACCGUUCAUACAAGAAAAAGUUCUUGAAAUUGAGACAUCACUUUAGGGAAAAGAUGAGGGACAGCAACACCCUCUACGAUGACGAGCAGCACGCAAAACAGAUCGCGCGACGGUUGCAGGAAGAAAAUGACUGCCUGCUCGAGCUCCUACUUGAUGUAAAUGACUCAGGAAGGGUCCCGGCUCAUCUGCGCUACGACCUUCGCAGCCCUGCGCCUGGCGAGUCGGACGUCCCUGAGCUUAUGUCGGACCAUGACCCACCAUCCCCAGGACAGGUGCAGCAAGCGUACGCCGCCCUUCAAGAGUUUAGAGCAGAGCAGCCGCCUGGUGUUCCAGACCCUCAAGAGACAGAAAACCAGCUUUCAGCUAUAAUUAACCAUCAGCCGAGUUUCAAAAGUCUUUCCAAAACGAGCCACAGCACGUUAGAUGUUGUGCCUACAGAGCUCGUGCCCGAGCUCAGCGAGGAAAUGCCUACGGGCUUACUGACGCCUACUCAUGAAGAAGAGCAUAUAGCUUCUGUCGAUGCAUACCUCGAAAUGCCCCAUCCGAUAGAACAGCCUCUCCCACCCAAACAAAGACCCACUGAGCGCGAGCGCGAGCGAGAAAUACAACUCAAGAAUCCAAUGUCUGUCUACAAUUGGCUAUCGCAUCAUCGUCCCAAGGUACUAGAGGACGAUCGAGGGGACAUCAACCACGAUAAACCGCCUAAAGUACCUCGCAGAUCUCCUCCCAAAGCUUCCUCUUCCACUCCAGGCGCUACGAGGUCUGGUGUGAAGCGAGAAAAAGCGGGUUCACAAUUAGCAAAGCCCGAGGAGGAGGUCCUAGAUGAGGAUGGCUCGGUGAUCGCUGGCUUCGUGGAAGAGUCAGGCAUGCCUAAGAAAAGAAAACGGGGUCAGGAUGAUGAUGCGUACAGACCAAAGGGCGGUGGGAGUAAGAAACGGAAGAGAGCCUCUACCAAGAACAGUAGUGGUCAUGGGGAUUCUGGUGCCAGAAAGUCUGAAAUGGAGGAUGCCAUGGAUUGA